AUGUCGUCAUCAUGCUCCUCAUCUUUCUCCUCAUCUAUAUUUACCGAUAUUUUGAAUGAACAAAAUCGCUCUGCUCAUGGGCCUGGGACCGCUCCAACUCCCUUCGCUGUUGAUCUUCUCGGAACUAAAGUAGUCCCCGAAUUUUGUGAAAUUUGUGCUCCACAAAUCUUUACCUAUCCGCCACUGUUAAAAGUAUUUCUCCAGAUCCAGCCUCUGUCACAGUGCAGCCUCACACGACUGAAGGCCCUCCCCGCCUUUGUCUUAGUUCCGCUAUUGAGCUUACCGUGCCCUGCCCGCACCUCUCCUUGUCCUCGCCUCUACCCCUACGCUUCUUCAUCUUUGAUGCGGCACUGCUUCUCUCACUUCUUGGUCCCUCGCUCGCACGCUUCUUCAAAGUCCUAUGAACAACCCCGACAUGACCCACUCUUGCGCUUCCUCAACCUCACCCAAGGCCGACACUGCCUCGCCUCACUCUCUCUGACCGCUCUCUUUGUUCUUGUCCUUCCACCACCCCGUCACGAUCCGCCCUUAAGAUUCCUCAACCUCGACGCCGAACCCGUCUGCUCACGCCACCACUCCAUUGUCCCUCGCUCGCUCGUAUCGCUCUCACCCUCCUCUAUUCCACCGUCCAGAGUGCAACCUCACAGGAUUGAACACAGUCCCUCCUCGCAUUUGUCUUUGUCCUCCUCUCGAGUAGCCACACACUGGUCGCACCUCUCCUUAUACUCGCCUCUGCACUACGCUUCUUCAUCCUCGACGCGCCGACACUGCUUCUCUCACUCCCUGGUCCCUCGCUCGCACGCUUCUCCAUUGUGCCUCUCAAUAACCCCGGCACGACCCACCCUUGCGCUUCCCAAAUCGACGCCUUGCUCUCUCUCUCCACUCUUCCUUGACCUUGCCUCUCCUCCUCACGCUACCGCUCUUUGUCCCUCGCUCACGUUUUUCGUUGUUGUCGUUCAACAACGCCGACACAACCCGCAUUUGCGCUUCCUCAACUUCCUCGAUGCAGACCCUGUCUCUUCUCACGCUAUCGUUCCCUUGUCCCUUGCUUGCUCCUCUCGCUCUCGCUCUCACAAACCCAGCCCCACCGUGGGGAGUCUCUUGCACUUACCCAACACUCGCCUCCACCCCUACGCUUCACGGCCCUACGCUUCACGGCUAUGCCUUCGCUUCUACCCCCGCCUCGUCCGCUCGCCCUUACGCUUCCUCGAACUUGACGCGCUCCCUGCCUCCUUUGACUCUCCCCCUUCCUUUCCUCUUGCGCUUCCGUUCCUCUACGUCUACGCUGCUGUUGUUAGUCGUGGUCCAAGUCGCAUCACCGAGCCCAUCCACGAACUCCCGGCUGAAUCAUCUGAACGCGUUCAGCUACCUUCACCUGCUCUCUCCCGCUUUCUUGCCCCUCGUUCUUACGCAUCCCUUCGCUUCCCUAUCUCACGCUUCCUCAACCUGGUUCUUUGCUCUCACGCCGGACCCCACCUCUACUGGAGAGUAUUAUUUGUUUUGUUGCGCCGUUACUUUUACUUCUGGAUCUCGUCACCUGCUCUUGUGCUUACCCAGUACUAA